AUGGCUGCGCUAGUGCUCUCGAGCCCAUCGAGCCCCUCAAGUCCCUCCAGUCCCUGCUUCACUGGCAAAGCCUCCUUCUUGACCUGCUGCUUGGACCAACGCGUCGAGGGCUGCCCAACAGGUGGAGCGGAGAGCUCCUGCUGCACGGAAGCCAAGGCACCCAGUGUUUGGCUUCUUGAAACACUUCGUUGCUGGGCUUCCACCGGUGGGAGAGGCACGGUCUAUGCCAGCGGGCCUCUUAGAAGCUGGUGCUGCCACACGCAGAAUCCAGUCUGCUUCGGAGCGGACUUCUCAGCUGAGCGCUGCUGCGUGAGGCCACCCGCACGUGCGGUCGCAAAUGCCCUGCAGACCCGGCAGGAGUCGUGGAGGUCGCUGGGGGAGGAGUACCACGCGCGCUGCAGGGGCGAGGCGCAGCAUCCUGCGGGGGUCCAUUGUGUCCCUUCGUGGUUCGCGGGAAACUCGCGGACGCUGCUGGGCCACAUCCUGUAUUGUGGUCCCAAGGUGACUUCGUUUGCCUUUCACCUGCUGAUGAUGGUCGGGAUGAACUAUGCACUGUCACUGCAUGAUCCUUCAAGCAGCCUCCUCGGUGACAGCGACCUCUUGGCAAGCUGCUUCCGUUUCUACGACGAACGCCUGCGUGCAAACAGAUUCCAUGCGCUGGAGAUUGGUGCCGUCGUGCUCGUCUCUCCCAUGAUAAGGGAUUUCAAUAUUUUGGAGGAAGGUCUCGGGCUUCACUUUCAGACUCUCUUAGUGCAUGCGGAUCCGCGCGCGAAGGUCGUCGGCCUCCCCACCUCGGCAAACGGGACUUGGGCAUGGCCCGUGCUGCAGCUGCGGCGUGCCUAUUGGAAGCUGUCCGUUGUCCGAUAUCCUUUUGCAUAUCGCUCUUGGGCACAUCCACCUAAGUUUGAAGACAUGUCGCACUGCUUCGGUGGCGACACCACCAGCGGGACUCGGGUGUACAACUCCUCUGUGCUGCGGAGGCUUCUGAGUUCAUCCCAGCAAAGUGCGCAGCUGGGGUCUGCGUGGAUGCUGGGCCUUGACCUGAGGCUGAAAAGCCAUAAAGGCACCGCCAUCACUUGUGUGAAUUCGGGCGGCACCAUCUUGGAAGAGGAGUCCUACUUGCUUCACACCACGCUCGGGGCCUCCCUUGCCAGGAGCUACGACAUCGAAGCAGCAAGGUUUCACCCGGACAUGGAGGCGCAAAUCAGGUGCAUCGCACCAUGGAACGGCGACGAGGCGCUCUUUGCAAAUGCUGUCGGCAUGGUGGUUCCGUUUUGCAUGCGACUUGCGCUGAAGCACGCCAUGCAGAAGCUGAAGGAAGUUUGGGAAGCCUUCCGCAGCCCGACGGGAAUGCUCCUGCCCAUUUUCGGAAGCUCAUUGAGUGUUCUACGGCUUGGUGGGCCCAGGGGCGAAGUGAUUCCGUGGGACUACGACGCAGACUUCGUGCUGAUGCAGCCAGGUAUGGACGUGAAGGAGUUCCAGCGCCUUCUAGAAGCCGAGGGCUUUGCCCUGCGCUACGGUGAUGUUGGGACGCCGUACAAAGGGGCCGAAGGUGAGGAAGUCCAUCUCCAGGCGGAGUACCAGGACCCAGAUCUGAAUGUCACGGCUGAAAUCGAUCUCUGGCUGGCGCUUAAAAGCUUUGGCAUCACUCGGGCACUGCCGCGCACAGAGACGCAGCUGUACUCACUGCCCGUCACGGUCAAUAGCGACGUGCUGCAGUGGAUGCGAUUCAGGAGCGACACGGCUCCUCGAAAGAUGAAGGAUGGGAGAGGACUGCCACCAGUCAAAGGCUUCGAAUGUCCAGGUCAUAGUGCCUGCUUACCGGAGGGUGACUCUUCUGAGCUUGGUUUCCGGGAGGGUGCGAUGCCGGAUGCCUUCGCAAAGUUGGACACAUGGGACUGA